UAACCCGUUCAACACAGCUGUCACACUUUUGUGUAUUGGCAUUUUUUAACCCAUUUUCUGAGAGACUGUGUAAAAUUUAAUAACUGAUGAUGAGUUUUACGAUUGACGAUUCUAUAUUGGCUAAUAUAAAGACACAACAAGAUAGCGAUGAAGAUGAUGUAGGAACAUCAGAUCGUUUGGGUGGUGAGGCAUUUAUGGAAGUAAUGGGCGGUUUUGGUGGAAACAUUAGUGAUGCAAAUGUAAGCUACGAGGAACGUAUCGAGGAUCCUCUACAGGAAGGAUAUGAUGAAAAAGAAAUUGAGUUGAAAGAAUUUCCAUGGUAUUGUGUGGAAAAUGAUUUUCUAAAACCCUACCUAUACGAUGAAGACGAAGCAGUUGAUGUAAAAGUUGGCAGAAGUAAAAAGGCAAAACUGGAAACGGAAUUGAGAGCUGCUAAUGGUCAAAUAUGGAGUAAAGUGCCUUUGGCACCGCCCAUUGCCGACGAUUUACCAGAGUUCUUGGCCGUUGGGAAAGGCCCCGCUAAAAGUGUAACAAAUCCACUGGAGGCUUGGCAUUUGUUAAUUGAUGUUUCCAUGUUAAAUAUGAUAGUGAAGAGUACAAAUGAAGUUAUUAAGGCCACAAAAAAGAAAGAACCCCACCAAAAAAGAUUAACAGACUUGACGGAAUUGCGUGCUUGGUUGGGUUUAAACUACUUGUGUGGUGUUUUGCGUAAUUCUAUACAACCCGGACCAGUUGAAGAGCUUUGGACAUUGGAACUGGGCAAUGCUAUAUUUCGUGCCACCAUGUCAUUUAAACGUUUUGAGUUUUUAUCCGAAUGUAUACGUUGUGCUGAUCAAUCAGCAUCUACUACACAAUUACCAUUGGAUGAAAUUGCCAACUUUUGGGAAAAGUUGGUCAUAAAUUGUAGAUCUUAUUAUGCGCCCAGUGGUUUCUGUAUGAUUGAUGAGCAUAUAUUGGAUUUUUCCCAAUUGGAGAAUAAUCCCUUUAAUCAUAUAUUGCCCCAUCAAUUUGGUUUAAAUGGGCUGCGCUUCAUUACCAUGUGUGAUGCCAAAACGAUGUACAUCUGUAAUGCGUUAGUGGCGAACGAUGUCCAACCACUCGAUGAGGAAGUUUAUCAAUUGGUCAGUGAUGUAAAGGGCACUCGUCGCUGCCUUUGCCUAAACGAACGCUUUACAAAUAUGGGACUGUUGCAAAAAUUAAAACAAAAUCAACUUCAGGUUGUGGGAGCUCUGCCAGCCAACGCUAAGGAGAUACCAGUCGAACUUUAUGGUGGUUCCCAGUUGCCUCAUGUUUGGUAUACUAAAGAUGAUUGCACUUUAGUAUCGGGAUUAAGUGAGACCGAGAGUCCAACAGGUUAUUUGGUGACUAAUGGUCUGUCCACGCGCAUUAACUCUGUUAAACUAUAUAAGACCAUUUGCGUAAGCAAUCAAAAUGCUUAUCAGUACAUGCGAAUCUAUGGCACACAUUAUGGACGAUUAAGUAAAAAUAGUCGUUGGAAUUUGGAAUACUUGUUUUUCAUGCUAGAUGUGGCCGUUUAUAAUGCCUGGACAUUGUACCGGCUUUCGGAAAAUGGUGACGCUGGCAUCGAACAACGCGAUUUUCAACGUCAACUGGGACUCUAUCUAACGCAACAGCAACUUAAACAGCGUAUUCAUUUAAAUAUCAAACUUCCUCUGCCGCUUAAAUUACAAAUUGCCGAAAUUUUGGGCGAAAAUGUAGAGGCUCUACUAAACGGAGCUUCCAAAAAGGUAGUUGAAGCCUCAAAAUUGGGUACAAUUUCGAAAGAAAAAGCAAUUGUUCCCGAUGGCAUUAUUUUGCAAUCUCGAGAAAAUGAUUCUCGUAGAAGAUGCAGAGGCUGUAAAAGCCGGAAUGGAUCCAAAACAAAAACACGUUGUCAACAGUGUUUGCAGUCCUUCUGUAUGCGUCACUUGAUAAGCCGCUGUGAAUCGUGUUCCGGUUACGAAUUGCUGGACUCUCCACAGCAGCAGGACGAUAAAAGUGAUGAAACAAAACAACAACAAAAAGACCAAGAAGAAACAGUACAGCAAGAUGAAGAAGAAGGUCAAGUUGAAGAAUCUGACCUCUAGAAUAGUAGUUAUUAAAGAAGUAAACAUAUAUUUAUUUGUAAAAAAUAAAAAUAAUUAAAUUUUAGUUUUAUAAAAAACCCACAA